UGCACAUUUAAAAAGAAAUAAAUUGGUUCAAUUAAAAGAACACAAAAAAUUAUAUUUCAGUCCCCGUCAUUUUAGUCCACGAAGUUAUGAGUUCGCUCAUCAAGACCCCAGAAAAAUGAUCCAUCCAGAAUCAACGGAGCAAGGUUUUGAAAUGCCUAUGGUAAAGAAAUAUUUGCCAAUGUAUCAGAGUCCAGAAUUGAUCGAAGAAUUGAAAAGACACGAUCGAAUAAGACUGAUUCGAGAAAGAGAGGCUAGGGAACGUGAAAUUGCAAGUUCACCAGGUUCAAUUUCCACGUGUUCCAGAAUGGAAGCUCCGAGGACCAAUCGUAGCAUUGAAAAAGAUAUUUUUCCUUAUCAAGAGACUCAAGCUUACAAGAACGUGUUACGUGAAUUUCAAAGAAGAACCUCUCGUCAAGAGGCCUAUAAAAAAUCAGAUACCAUACCUUUGAUGCAUUUAUCUAAGAAAGCAGAUAAAAGUAAACAGGUAGAACUACUAUAUCCACCUAAAAGUCGAAGAAGAUCUGACGCUGUGAAAAAAUUUGCUAAAAGAAUGAUUGCACCUUUCAAGCCAGUCCCGUGUGAAAAACACAAGCAAAAGGCUGUUCCUCGUUCGACGUUUAAAAAAAAGGGUGAAACGUGUGAUGAGUGUUCGUUCGAUCCAGAAAUUUUCAUCGAGAUAUCAUCUGUUUGCGAUUGCAGCGAGAAGACAGAAAAAUCUGAUGGGUCUACAUCCGCCGAUGAAACGACAGAUAACGAGUCACCACGAUGAGUGAGGUAAACGUACUCGAUAAGAGGUCUCCUCGACAACACGUCAGUACGAAGUUAAUUUUAUCAUAUUUCGUCAUUUUUAUCGACGUAAGGAGAUCGUCGAUUGUUUGGAGUCGUUUAUCUAACCUACAGAAUGAACGCGUACCGGAAGAAAAAUUAGCAAUAUGUGUUCGCGAUAAGAGGAGAUCGAUGCACUUUCGUUCGAAACGACAGCAAAUUACACGAGUUUCGGCGAUGUCGACAACAACGAGAGAUAAUUUAAGCACCCAAGUAAAAAUUUUUCAAAACGGGAAAGACGACGUUGAAUUCGAUGUAGAUAGAAGGAAAAAGAAAAAGCGAAAGGAUUGAAUUUUUGCAAAAUGGGUCUGGGAAAAUUGUUGAGUUUCAAGAAAUCAAAACCGAAACAGGAUCCACCGGAGAAGAAGAAAGAUGCGCCAACUGCGAAACAGCAAACAGAGGCUACAAAAAUUAACAAAGCAAAUGUAGUUUACCCCUUUCACGAUGUAAA